UCGAAAUUGCGAAGGAAGCCCUGGUCCAAAAUGCAUCAUCUUUUUCAGGAAGGCCACAACUACCACUUCUAAUCUGGGUCACUGAAGGAUAUGGUAUCGUAAUGGCCACAUAUGGCCACUCUUGGAGGCAGCAGAGACGGUUUACUCUGCACACGCUCAGGAACUUUGGCCUGGGGAAGAAGUCUGUGGAGGAACGUGUGACAGAGGAAAGCAGCUACCUGGUUCCUGAAAUGAUCAAAUCAGAAGGCAAGUCUUUCGACCCCCAACAUGCAAUACAGAAUGCUGUAUCCAACAUUAUCUGUUCCAUUGUGUUUGGGGAUCGUUUCGACUAUGAUAACAAGCGCUUUGCAUACCUUCUGGAAAUCUUGAAGGAGAACAUCAUUCAGUCAGGGUCCCUUGUUGGACAGGUGUUUAACCUGCUUCCCAUCAUCAAACAUUUGCCAGGACCACACCAGAAAAUUUACCAGAAUGCAACAGAGUUGAAGGCUUUCAUCAAGGAAGCAGUCAAAACACACAGAGAAACUCUGGAUCCCGACAGUCCAUGGGACUUUAUUGAUGCCUACCUGCUAGAGAUUGAGAAACAAAAGUCCAACGAGGACUCCACAUUUCAUGAGGAUAACAUGGUUAUGUCAGUAGCUGACCUGUUUCUGGCUGGAACCGACACCACAGCGACCACCAUCAGAUGGGGGCUCAUCUACCUGACUCAGAACCCAGAUGUACAAGAGCGAUGUCAUGAGGAGAUUGUUCGGGUGCUUAGUUACGACCGCUUGCCCAGCAUGGAUGACCGUGACAAACUACCGUACACAUACGCCACUGUUCACGAGAUUCAGCGCUGUGCCAACAUUUCACCCUCCAGCGGCUUACAUGAAACGACUCAGCCCACAAAACUACGAGGAUAUGACAUUCCCAAGGGCACUGUGAUAUUAACCAACUUAACAGCAAUUUUAACUGCUAAGGAGCACUGGAAGAACCCAGACACCUUUAACCCAGAGAAUUUCUUAGAUGAUAAUGGACAUUUCUUCAAACCUGAGUCUUUCCUCGUUUUUUCCUUGGGUCCGAGGGUCUGUCUCGGUGAGACCCUAGCUAAGACAGAGCUCUUCCUCUUCGUCACUUCUCUCUUACAGCGGAUUCGUUUCUCCUGGCCACCUGAUGCGAAGUGGCCAGACAUGAACGGGAUUGUCAGUUUAGUCCGCUCGCCUGAGCCAUUCAACAUCAUCUGCCACAGCAGAGGAUCCACAGAGUGACCAUCAGUACACUUUCCAACAUUUACACAAGUUUUCAAAUUUUCCACCAGUUUAUAAAUAUAAGUCGGCAAAUUGAUGUUAAUAUUUUUAGCCCUGAAAUAUUUUAUUCUAGUUUAAUAGUUACUGUUUUGAAAAAAAAAAAAGAUGCUGCUAUUGUUGUAUAGUGUGGAAUCUGUUGUAAUACCACUAUAAAUUAUAAAGCUUUUUUCUUAUGAUGUAAUCUUUUAUAUAACAACCUAAGUCAGGCUUAUACUUGCGCAAACCAGAUUUAUAUCUUGCAGUUAUGGCUCAAAUUCACAUGGAGCUGCAACACAUCCUGUUUGGGUGCAUGCUUGAAAUUGCUGAACUGGUUGAGUUAAUGUAUUUACAGUAUGUGCUAUAUGUGUGCUAUAUUAAAAUUUAAGUUUUCAUAUAAUACAGAUCCUUUUUGACAAUAUUUAAUAAAACCUUCAGUAUAUUUUAGGAAAUAGUAUAAGGAAAUAGAAUAUGGCAUGGGUGAAGUGGGAAAUCGCCAAUUCACUGUCACCUUUACACCAUUUUCCAGACCUCUUGCAUAACUAUACAACUUGCAAAAACAUGAACCGGGAAAAUCAAGUGACAUUCCAACUUUAUCCUCUGUCUUUAUAAAGCUCACGGUCAUCUGCUCAUGUUUGUCUUGAAAUUAAUCUGACAUCAUGUGGACAACUCUUAUGUAGUGAGACUUAGCCUCUGUGGGCCUGGCUCUGUUUCUAGGCUUUAUUUUUGAGGUUUUGUUUGCGACCUUAAAGAUGAAUUCUUACAGAGCUCAAACUCCACCUGGUCCCAGACCUCUGCCUUUUGUGGGAACCAUUCCAUAUUUUUUAAAGAACCCAAUGGAGUUCAUAAGAUCUGUGAGUGUUUGCUUAAAUAAAGAGGCUUUGCUUUUGUUGAAAAGGGUCUCAUGUUCACCUUACUUUAUAAAAUGUACGUGUUGACUUCAUUCACAGGUAUGACAGUGUGUUGUGUUGAAGUGCUGUGAUAUCUUUUCUGAGCAGUUAUCUCAGUAUGGAGGGAUGAACACUGUGUAUUUUGGAAGAAAGCCAGCAAUACUCUUCAAUAAAAUCGAACUUGUGAAGGAAGCCAUGGAGAAAAAUUAUUCAUCUUUUUCAGGAAGGCCUCCCAAUUCUAAUCUGAGUAACUGGAGGAUAUUGUCACAGUUCGAAACAGACCCAAAAGCGAAAGCUGGUUGAAAAUUUAUUGAACAAAAAAGAGUAAAU